UUUUUUUUUUUUCACUUUGUAUUUUUUUAAAAAAUUUUUUUUUGCCCCAAUUUACUAAUAAUUCACAGUAUUCCACGGAGAUGUCUAUAGUCCUAUAUUAACGAAAGUUUUAACAUUUACUACUAUUAAACUGCGCAGAGAAUAAAAAAUUUUCGCAAAAUCAAAAUAAGGGAAUACAUAAAUAAACAUAUAAUGGCUAAAAUAGUUCCAAUUGGGGCGGAAGAAGAUUUUAUUGUAUUUGCGAAGAAGAAUUACAUAGUAUUAAGUGUUGUUGGUUCGCUUGUUGCAUUUGCAAUAUUAGUUUACCUUAUAGGACGAUGUAGAAAUAGAAAGGGAAAUAAUUUUGUAAUGUUCAACUUUCUCCUUAUAUGUUAUGAUAUAGCAUUUGAUUUAGCGUUUUUUAUAAAGAAUGCGAAUGAUGUUCCAGGAUUAUACAGAUUGACAUUGAUAAUUUUAAUAGCAUCGGGAUCACUUAACUUAUUAAUGAGUUUUGCAAUAAUUGUACAUCAAAAAAUUUACAAUCCAGCAUUUUCAAAUUGGUUUAGUGAAAAUCAUAGAUUUGCCGCAUUAAUCACAGUAUUUUCGGCAGCGAAUAUACAAGCAUUAAAGAUAUUUUCAUCGAAUUAUGGAGGAAUGAACAUCCUUCAAGCAAAAUAUUCUACCAAUGGAAAAAGAGCCAUUGCUUGGGGUGGUGUCUUAAAUCUUGCUUUUCAAGAUAUACCUCAAUUAGUUAUUUUAGUAAUUUAUUGGACCAAAACGGAAGGAUAUAUGAUUUUCCCUUUUAUUAGUCUGAUAUUCAAUGUUGUAAUUUUAUUUAUUGAUUUCUUUGGAAGAAUUUUUGAUGCUAUCAUUAUUCAAAAUGAUGAUGAUGGAACAACACGUCGUUUGAAUGAUCGUUCAAGUGAAAGCACUUAUCAAUAUAGUAUGCGAGUUGGAGCUCCUUAAAAAAACGAUUUUUUUUUCCAUAGAUAGAACUUAAUAAUUUUAUAAUAUAAUCUUUCAUUAUAUGUCUAUGGUGGACGAGUAGCAUAUUGCGUUAUUUACAUAGAGGAGAAUGUGCUGAUCAGUUAUAGAACAUAUUUUAUUCAAGUAUUUAAAAUUUAUAAUUAUAUUUGGGCGGACAGUUAUAUAAGUGAGGCGACAAUAUUGCUGGUAUCUGGGUAACUAUAAUAGACAUAUAUAGUAGAAAUCUAUUUACAUAUAUUUAUUUAUUUUUAUGAUAAUAUAGCGCACCAAUUCAUUGAAUAUACUAUAUUAGCAUCACCUAAUAAAUCACGCAUAAUUCUCAUGUUUUGAAUCGUAUCCUCUCAUUAUGACUUUGA